GCGUGAGGCGGGCGGGCACCCGGCCAGGGCGCGGGCAUCCGGCAGCUCCGCAGAGCCCGCCGCGGCGCCGACCAUGAGGAACAACAGCAAGGAGGUGCCCGGUGCCUCCCACCGCUACGCGCCCUGCGACUGGUAUUACCACUUCCCCAUGAAGCGCUCUGAGAAACCUGUGGGUGCCCCACCAGCAUCUCAGAUCCCAGGGCUCAGUGAUUUGGGAGAAUCCAACAAUGGGGACACGUCCCAUGCUCGGCGAUACUGGGUAAAGGAAACAGACUCGGAGUAUGUGAAGCUAGCCAAGCAAGGCGGCAGGCCUGACUUGCUGAAGCACUUUGCCCCUGGGACCAGGAAGGGCUCCCCAGUGGCCUACUCCCUGCCUGACUGGUAUAUCCACCACAGCAAGCCUCCAACAGCCCAGCAGCGAGAAGUCCCCAUGGUCUCCAUGCCAGAUUACAUGGUUUAUGAAGAAUUCAACCCUAACCAGGCCAAUGGUAGCUAUGAAUCCAGAAGAGGCCCCUUCGACUUUGACAUGAAAACGAUUUGGCAGAGAGAGGCUGAGGAACUUGAAAAGAAAGAAAAAAAGCUUGUGAGGCUACCAGCCAUCAACUCAAAGUAUCCAAGCAAAGCAGGGACUCCGGUUGGUCCCAAAGACCCUGCAGGCAGCAGGCUGUCCUUUCCCCCUAUGCCUAGUCAGAAAAACAGCUCACCAACAAACUUUUCCAAACUUAUUAGCAAUGGUUAUAAGGAUGAGUGGUUACAGCAGCAUCGAGGUGAUUCUGACAAGAGGACUCCCAAAACAUCCAGAGCAUCCAUGUCCUCUCAGUCCACACAGGACCCUGAAGGUCCCCAGGACACAGAAGCAAGCCAAGGCCCAGAGGCCCCCCAAGAUCUUGAGAAGACUUCAGGCCAAGAAGCAUCUCCAUCUUCAACACCUGCGGAGCUCAAAUAAGCUUGUAGAUAAUAUUUAGGGUAACACGUUUUGUCACUAAGAUGUGACUGUGUUCCAGGUAUAUUAUAAGGCUCCCACCCAUGUCAUUGAUAUAGCCCUAUAUAUAUCUGGCACUGUAGUUGAGGUCAUUGUAGCACGGAUAGUGGAAAUGCAGGCCUUCAUUUCACCGGGGUGUAAAUGCAGCCAUGUCUUCUGCCACCCAUUGCCUUGCUGCUCUGGAAACUCCCGAGGCCCGCACCUUCCUCCUGCCGUCAUCCAACACCCUCCCAUCUGACCGAACAGGAAGAAACUCACAAAACAAGCUUCAGCUUUUUUCAUCAUCUGGUCCUGAAUCUUUAUAGAAAUAACCUUCCUGUUACAAAAAAAUUAAUUCAGAACAUAGUGAUAUUGUUUAUACUAAAAAUAUUUUAUUAUGCCUUGAUGUUUUAGGCAUUAAAUAUAAAACAUUGUAACAUAAUAAUACUUAACUAGUUUAAACCUCUUGCUUAAUAUUGAGUGUAAAC